AUGGCGCCCGGCUUCCAGCUGUCCAACGAGAUCAUCAAACUGGCGCCGCGUGCAGCGGAAGUUGGCCAGUUCCAGAUCGUGCUGCAGCUCCAGCCGCCCUCAGUCCGGUGGAACUGGCGGCGGGGCGGAGGGCCAGUGUCCGCCCUCGCGGCUGUGUCGAGGCAGCUCGACUCCCGAGGCGCGGCCUUUCAGGAUGCCACGUGCGCCGACCGUCGCAUGUGUCCAAUGUGCAACGCGGCGGCGCGACAGUCACGGGACGACCGAUGA